GGGAUGCCAGGGAAAAAUAAUCAUUAACAGAAAGAGAUAAGGAAUUGGACUCAAUGCAGAUAUAUAAAGCAGAACAUAUUAUUGUUAGAAAAAGACACCAUUUAUUCCCUGGGGCUGGCAGUGGGGGGAGCAGUUGGCUCUUUAAAUGAAGUAGUCACCCAGAGGAGGCUAGCCUGCGCUUCUGAGGGCUUCAAUACAGCAGAUGCAGAGAGGGGAGUGUAUGUAAAAGGGCGAGAAGGAGAAGGAGAAGGAGGAGGGGGAAGGGGAGCACCAGAUUGUACCUCUGAGAGGGGAGCAUCUGUCACUCUCCAUCUUGCUCUCAGUUCUAGCCCAGCCCUGCUGAGGAGUGGAGUUCUCCCACCCCUGCUUCUGCCGCAUCCCUCACUUCAAAACCCAAGUAGAAGAAUUAAAAAUGGGAGCAAAAUUUAGUAAAAAGAAAAAGUCAUAUUGUCUUGGUGCCGGUAAAGAUGGAGAGUCAACUGAAACAACUGAAGUGGAACAAAAAGGAACAGAGACUCAGAAUGGGCAAAAAGAUGCAGUUGCUCCUAAGGAAGAAACGCCUCAACCCGAUAAACCUGUGGGCAACGGUACCAGUGAGGAACAAAAACCUCAGGUUGAGAAGCAAUCAGAUCCUGAAACAAAACAAGAUGAACCCACCAAAGAUGAGCAAAAUGCAAUCUCAAUGCCAGAAAACAAUCUAGAAUCAAAUAAAGCUGAAGCUGAGGAAACACCACAAGAAAAAACAGAAAGUAAUUGCUCAAGUGCUGUUCAGGAACAUUCAAGUGAAGUGGCAAAAGAUGACCGUAGCAAUUUAACACAAAAAGCACCACCAUCUCAUGAGCCAGAGAAAACCGAAGAGGAGCAACUGAACAAGAAUUUGGAUUCGUCCAGUGAUCCUCCAUGUGAUGCUGUAGCAGAGCCAGAAGUGAAACAAAGCAGUGUUGAAAAACACCAGGUGAUUGUGCAGCCAGUUGACCACUUACAAGAAGCUACAGUGAAGGAGGCAGCUGAGGAACAUCCUCCUGCAUCACAACUAACUGCUGAAAAAGAAAACCAAUUGGUCACUGACAUUGAUCCCAUUCCUGAGAAUACUGUACCCUUGCCUGAAGAGGUUCCUGAAGUAGUUGUCACUAUAGCAGACAACAAUGAAAAAGUUACUACACCUGUAAUUAUGACAGAGUCUUCACCAAUGCAGAUGCAGACUCCAAAUGUGGCAGAGAUUAGCAAAUUAGAGGAAGAGUCAAAGCAGUCUUUAGAAGGCCAGAGUCCAUUACCUGAGCAUGAAAUUCCAGAGCCUGUGCAGACCCCUCAACCAAUUGCACAGACAGAAAAGCCUGACGAGUUGCCUGUGUUGGCUACUCCUGAACCAGUAGCUGAGCAGUUGGUUCCUUUGGUAGACCCAGUAAGUGAAGAAAUAGAGUCUCUAGAGCAUCCACAGGCACAUAUGCCUUUAACCACAGAACCAGCAACUGAGAAAGAAUUGGUGGACCUUGAAGCCACCCCACAGGAGUUAAAAUCUGUGGCAGAACCAGAAAAUCCCGAUCAUGUAGCUGAGCCAGUGACAUCCGAAGGACUUCAGCAGUCUCAAACAGAGACUGGCAAAGUGUGUGAGAAUGAAACAAAGCAAAGUGUCCAAGAGGAUGAGCAACCACAACCAAAAACAUCUGAAGUGCCUGAGCAACCUGCUCAUGAUGAGGUAAAUACUGCAAACCAGGAAUCUUCAACUUUUGGCAAUAAGGAAUCUGAAGUCUUGUGUUCCCAAUCAUCUGAUGUUUCAUCUAAUGAUAAGCCAGAGUUGAUCUCACCAAAGCAAGAAAUUUGCACAGAGAUUCCAAGCGAAGUAUCACCUCUGCAAACUUUACAGGACAGUGCAGCAGAGCUCCCAGUCCCUUUGGAACCUAAUGCUCAUGGUAUGAAGUUGGAAGAUCAGAGCUCUGACAAACAUUCAGUAGAGCAGGAGAAAUGUGUGGAGGAAGAGAACAAGGCAGAAGUAGAUGUGGUUCAGGAAACCUUAAAUCAAGAACCAAUAGAUGGCAACCAUACUGCCUCAAGUCCAACAGCUGUACAAGAUACCAUUUCAGAUCCCUCAACUGCAGAUGUUAGUGGUUCAGCUCCCCUGCCCAUCAUAGAAGAUAAAAUAGAGAGCCAUGCAACACUAGCCGAAGAAUCUGUAGAUGAAAAAAUUCCCUCUGAUGUUCAGAUAGUAGAUAAACAUGUGACCCUUAAUGGCCUGCCAAGCAAAGAGGAAAUUAAGGUGAAAGAAAAUCUAGAAAAUGGUUCUAACCAUGCAAUUAGUGAGCUAAAUGGGCAGAACGAAAAACAUGAAAUUGAAGUGUGUAAUGAGUAAGCAUGUUUGGGUUUUUAGUUUUUCCCCUUUUAUCAAAGGUGGAAGGAACCAAAAUGUCCCUGUUUUGAUGCACUGUAUUAAUUCUCCGUGACCAAAUGCCUCAUGCAAAUGGGUAUGCGAGGCAAAAGAGCUGACGCUCAUGCAGGUUCUUCUGCAAUCACAUUGUCCUUGCCAGUUCAAUGCUGUGUCAUUUCCAGAAUAAAAGUCCUAUUUAUAUUAACAUUUUCUAACUUUUCACUGAACAGAACAAUUCUUAAUUUGUUUUCCGAAAUGUCUCCUGUUUUAAAGAAGCAUCAAGAACGUGUACCAUCAACAUCGGCAAGGUGCAGUGUGCAUAAAGCCCCAAUGUUCCGAUUCAAUUGUCUUUAAAGCAUGAAACUACACAAUGUUUUUCCAGAAAUAAAAAAAGAUCA